AUGAUGCAAAUAAAUUUAAUAAUGACGAGGGGAAGUGGUAAGACGCGGUGGAUAGAAAACGAUAUAUAUAUAUAUAUAUAUAUGCAGAAUGAUAUGUGUAUGUAUUGGGGGAAGGGAAUUGCAAGGGGAACAAAUUAUUCGAAUGCAUGUUUUUUUUUUUUUUAUCCGUGUUGUGGCGAGGGGAAAAGGAAACUAACAAAGUGUUAG